UAUACGUGCCUUCACCUACCUAAUUUGUGGCAAUGGCGACGGCGGUGCCCCUCAAGACUGUAUACUCUUCUCAUCUGCCUAAAACUUCCAUCUUUACCCGCCGCAACUCUACGUCCAACGCCCAUAUCCCCACUCUUCCCUCGCCUCUCAAAUCCCUAACCCUAACUCCUCGAAGAUCGCUCCUCACCCCCUUAUUUGCUGCAGCAGACGCCGAAGCCGACCUCGCCUCCUCCGGCUCCAUAACAACCUUCCACGGUUUCUGCUACGUCGUUGGUAACAACAUUGACACCGAUCAAAUAAUCCCAGCCGAGCACCUCACUCUCGUUCCCUCCAAGCCCGACGAGUACCGCAAGCUCGGAUCGCUUGCCCUCGUGGGCCUCCCCACAGCCUCAUACCCCGUUCCCUUUGUCAAUCCCGGUGAGAACUCUUCCCGUUUCUCGGUCAUCAUCGGUGGCGACAACUUUGGAUGCGGAUCCUCUCGCGAGCAUGCUCCUGUUGCGAUAGGAGCCUCUGGUGCCCGCGUAGUCGUCGCGGAGAGUUAUGCGCGGAUCUUCUUUAGGAACUGUGUGGCCACUGGUGAGGUGUACCCUGUGGAGACGGAGGAGGUCGGGAUCUGGAAGGAGUGCUCUACUGGGGAUUUUGUGACUGUUGAUCUUGUCGGGAAUCGCUUGAUUAACCACACGAAGGGGAAAGACUAUAAGUUGAAGCCGAUUGGGGAUGCCGGGCCGGUGAUUGAGGCGGGAGGGAUUUUUGCUUAUGCCAGGAAAACAGGCAUGAUUUCUUCUAGGGCUGCUUAAAUAGAGUAUCAUUUAUGCAGGAACCUGAUCUGCUGGCCAGUUGAUGAAAGCAUUGGCAGCUAUUUACUCGGCUAUGUUCCUUGCCUGAUGUUUGCUGUAUGUAACUUAGCCUCCUCUAGAAGCUUUCUGUUCGCUUGUUUUAUUUUUCCUGUAACUUAUUUAAAUUUAUUAUCUAUAUGAUUGUCAUGUUUGGAAGGUUUUAUAAUACCUUUGAAGUAUUAUUUUCAUGGUUCUGUACUGAAUGAAGAGAGAUUGUUUUAUAGAUGGCUUCACCUUUAUCUGGAA